AGCCCUCUGCCAGCUGAGUGACCUUGCAGUGUUUGUAAACAGACACACGUUGCCGUACAAAUUGCCAAGUUAAUUGUAUCAAGUGUUUGAUUGUUCUCGCCACCACCAACAUAUUUUUCUCAUCAAUCCCCUAAUUACCGGAUUGUCAGUGACAAAAUCCAUGGACAUGGAGCAGACGUGUACCGUGGACAAUGAAAUGGAGGGUUCUCGCGGUGAUCGGAAAGAGGGGGGCAAGCGAGGACGCAAGCCCGGAAGGAAAGCGGCCGACAAGGCGGACAUGAGAGCCAAGCUUGAACGCAGUCGGCAGAGUGCGAGGGAGUGCCGUGCUCGUAAGAAGCUGAGGUACCAGUACUUGGAGGAGUUGGUGGCCGACAGGGAAAAAGCUGUUCUCGCCCUCCGCAAAGAGCUCGAUAUGUAUCGAUCGUGGGGACAAGAACUCGACGCUGGACGUGUUCCCGAGGGGCUGCAAACAAUGCUUGAAGAACUUGGAGCCCUCAAGAAGGAAAGGAAUAAUAAUUAGUCUAUAACACAACAAAGUACCUCUUUAAAAUAAGGAUUCAAAUUUAUCAUGCUGUUUUUGGUUUUUUCGUUGAGUAUUAAUUGAACUGAAUCAUUGGUAUUAUUAAAUUUUGUGACAUCAUCUCUAUGUACGAAAUUUUUAUUUGAACAAAGUACUCUUUUUUUCAAAUUCA